AUGGGAUACCGUGGUAUUCGUAAACAUUUGAAACGUCUUCAUGCACCUAAACAUUGGAUGUUGGAUAAACUGGGAGGUGUUUUUGCUCCAAAACCCUCGUCUGGUCCGCAUAAAACUCGGGAGUGUUUACCAGUAAUUAUAUUCUUAAGAAAUCGUUUGAAAUAUGCAUUGACAUACGAUGAAGCAAGAAAAAUAUGCAAACAACGUCUUAUUAAAAUUGAUGGAAAAGUCAGGACAGACUUUUUAUUUCCAGCUGGAUUUAUGGAUGUGAUUACAAUUGAAAAAACUGGCGAACAUUUUCGUUUGAUCUACGAUGUUAAAGGACGCUUUUGUGUUCAUCGUAUUCAACCAGAGGAAGCCAAAGUAAAAUCUGUUCGUAUGGGUCCAAAAAAAGUUCCUUUUUUAAUAACACAUGACGCAAGAACAAUCCGAUAUCCAGAUCCACAUAUAAAAUCAAAUGAUACGGUACAAGUUGAUAUUGCUACAGGAAAAAUUCAAGAAUCAAUCAAAUUUGAUACUGGAAAUGUUGUGAUGAUAACAGGUGGUCACAAUUUGGGUCGUGUUGGUAUAAUUCAAUCUCGUGAACGUCAUCCGGGGUCAUUUGAUAUUGUUCAUGUUAAGGAUGCGAGCGGACACACAUUUGCCACUCGAUUAGCUUAUGUAUUUGUUAUUGGUAAAGGCCAAAAACCAUGGGUAUCAUUACCAAAAGGAAAAGGUGUACGUUUAACCAUGUCUGUUGAAGAAACAUUGAAAGACGCUGAGGAUGACAAUUCAGGCUCGAAUGAACAAACUGUUGAUCGUGAUUUUAUCGAUAUUUAUAGAACAUUGCCAGAGAAAGCUCCAGUGACAAUUCGACUAUUUGAACGUGGUGAUUAUUAUACGUUUCAUGGAGAAGAUGCUAUUUAUGCUUCGAAAGAGUUAUUUCAAACAUCAAAUGCGAUUAAAUAUUGGAAAUCAGAUAGUGGUGGUCUAUUGGAAACAUGUAAUUUAAGUAAAAAUCAAUUUGAAGAGAUGUUAAGAAAGUUAUUAUUAGUUAAACAAUAUCGAGUAGAAAUAUGGAAUAGAAAACAACGAUCUACUGAAUGGACAUUGGCUUUUCAUGGUUCGCCUGGUAAUCUGUCGGCAUUUGAAGAUAUCUUAUUUUCAUCAUCAUCAAGCCAGGGUCAAGCAUCAACAGGAGUUAUGGCAUGCAAAUUAGCUACAGAAGAUGGACAAACGAUAGUUGGUAUAGCAUUAAUUGAUGUUGAAACUUAUACGAUGAAAGUUUGCGAAGUGAAUGUUACCAGUCAUUAUUCAAAUCUGGAAAGUAUAUUAGUUCAAUUGGGUCCAAAAGAAUGUUUACUUCCAUCUAUCGGUGCAACAGAUGAAAAUUAUCUACAAUUGAAGAAGAUCAUUGAAAAAUCUCAAGUAUUAGUUACAGAAAGACCAAAAAAUGAAUUUACGUCUAAAGAUAUUGUACAAGAUCUUACACGUUUAUUGACGAAACGAAAUGCAGAUCAAGAUGAGAGGAGAAACAUUGCCGCCUUAACUGAAGUACAAAAAGUACAUGCAAUGUGUUCAUUAACAGCGGCUAUCAAAUUUCUUCAAUUGUUAUCAGACGAUAGUCAGUUUAAUCGCUUUUCAUUAAAAACACAUCAAUGUGAACUUUAUAUGAGAUUAGAUACGGCGGCUACGAUUGCAUUACACGUAUUUCCAGAUGCACAACAAGAUUAUAGUUCAAAUUCAAAAUGUUCAAGUUUAUAUAGCUUAUUAAAUCGUUGUCGCACGGCUCAAGGACAACGUUUACUUCGUUUAUGGCUUAUGCAGCCUUUAACAGAUCAAGGAAAACUAAAUGAACGUUUAGAUAUUGUGGAAUUAUUUAUAUCGGAUGUAACUACUCGUACAUAUGUUUCUGAGAAUUUUCUAUCUCGUGUACCUGAUUUUCUACGAUUAUUAAGAAAAUUUAUUAAGAAAAAAGCGAGUUUACAUGACUGUUAUAAAAUCUAUUCAGCAAUAAGUCAUAUACCAAAAUUAAUCGAAUGUUUAGAGCAUUAUGAUGGAAAUAAAAAAGCAAUUCUUGAACAUGUUUUUAUUCAACCAUUAAAAGAAUUAGUGUCUGAUUUUGAAAAGUAUUGUGAAAUGAUUGAAAAAACAAUUGAUUUAGAUCGUGUUCAAAAGCAUGAAUAUAUAAUAAAACCUGAUUUCGAUGAAGAUUUGAAAGCUCAUCGUGAAAAAAUGUCUCGCUAUGAAUCUGAUAUUCAGUCGGAUUAUUAUUCAAUUUGUGAAGAUUUGGAAGAAGCUGGAGGUGAAUCUGGUAGCAGUGCUAAAAAGAAACCACGGAGAAGUACAAAAAAAAAGACAAACAACGCUGAUGAUGAUGACGAUACGAUUGCUGAUUCAAGUGGUGGCGUAGUUAAAUUAGAGUAUGAUUCCAAACAUAAUGGUUAUUAUUAUCGAAUUGCACGAAAAGAUGAAUCGUGCUUAAGACAAAAAACAUUGAAAUACAAAUAUCAAACAUUAGCAACAAAAAAAGAAGGAGUCUAUUUUAGAAGUAAACGAUUAGAAGAUUUGAAUGAACAUUAUAUGACGUCUCGUAUUCAAUAUGAUGAAACUCAAAAAGCUUUGGUUGAUGAAGUUCUUCAAAUAUGUUUGACUUAUAUGGAUUCAUUGCGAUCAUUGUUGGAAAUAUUAUCAGAACUAGAUUGCUUCAUAUCAUUAGCACAAGUAUCGGCUCAAUAUCAAUAUGUUCGACCAAAAUUCAGUGAAGAAAAUAAAAUUCAUUUAGAAGACUCAAGACAUCCCUGUGUAGAAUUACAAGAAAAUAUGCAAUUUAUAUCCAAUAAUGUCACAUUAGAUAGAGAAAAACAACGUUUUCUAAUUAUUACUGGGCCGAAUAUGGGAGGGAAAUCGACGUAUAUCCGUCAAGUUGGUGUAAUCAUGUUAAUGGCUCAAAUUGGUUGUUAUGUUCCUUGUAGUUCAGCUGAAAUUUCAAUUGUUGAUUGUAUUCUCGCUCGUAUCGGUUCAAAUGAUGAUUUGUCUCGUGGUGUUUCUACAUUCAUGUCUGAAAUGCUAGAGAUGUCAACAAUAUUAGAUAUAGCUACACAAAAGUCGUUAUUAAUUAUCGAUGAAUUAGGUCGUGGAACAUCGACGUAUGAUGGAUUUGGUCUUGCUUGGGCCGUUGCUGAUUACAUCUGUAAGCAAAUUCAAUGUUACUGUUUAUUUGCUACACAUUUUCAUGAAUUGACAUUAAUCGAACAAGAAAUGCCAGAGAUAAUUGAAAAUUUACAUGUUGAUGCAUUAGCUGACGAACAACAAUUAACGUUGUUAUAUAAAAUAAAACAAGGCGUAUGUGAUCAAAGUUUUGGUAUACAUGUGGCACAAUUAGCGCAAUUUCCAAAACAUGUUAUUCAAUUUGCUCAAAAGCGUGCAACCGAAUUGGAAGAGUUUACAACUACGUCUUCAUCAAAAAAAAUAAAAGCGCAUGAUAAUAAAGAAAAUAUUCACACGUUUGCUUCAUCGGAAUCUGUUGAAAGUGUCUGGAAAGAUAUUGAAGCAUUAAAAACUCAUACUGAUUUAUCGGUUACCGAUGCAAAAUCAAUGAUCGACAACAUUUUGGAAAAAGCAACAAAUUUAGGUCUCCUAUAG